GAAAUGAUCCGAACUGCGGCAGGAAAACCUGCAGCAGGAAAACCUGCAGCACUCAGAGAGCUUCAGACUCAGAGAUGGGAAGAACCAAACUGACGUUCUGCGUUCUGGUUCUGGUCGGAGCCACGGCGGCCCAGACAGGCCAGGCCGGCCACCAGGAGCGGCUGCUGCCCCAGUGGCUGACGGGGAUCGUCGCCGUCUGCGGCUUCCUCAUCCUCACCUUCAUCGCUGCGCUGGUGAAGAAGGUCUGGUGCAAAUCCAGCAGCAGGAGCUCCGGCGCCGCCUUCUCUGAGAGCAACGCUUACGAGAGCAACCUGGACGUCCUGAGGCCGAGGAGCAGCCUGGAGUCGGAGAAGCACGAGACGCGGCUGGACCUCACCAGAGCCAGAGACAGCAGCAACGUCUACGACAACGUCAUCACCGCCGUGGAGGAAAAAUCUACGGCCAUGUGACCGGCCUGCAGGCAUCCCAUUGGCUCUGGCCUUCCUGGAAUCAGAGUUCAAUCGUCCCGAUCAUGUGAUCCUGGCCUAGAGACCAGUAACCCAUAGCAGCCAGAUCCAGAUUAAUCACUGAUCUGAGCUGUCAAUGAUUCAUCGUUCAGUGAAAACACCAUGAAAUGUUUCUGUUGUGUGAACAUGAACGUCUUGGAAUAAACGGUUCUGAUCCGA